AUGAGACUGCGUGGAGGGCGGGACAUAACCCCUGAGCCGGCUCCUGUGUCCUGGCUCCCGGGGGUCCUCACUAAAGGGGUACGGCUGCGGCUGCGCAUGGAUCGUCAUGGAAACCCUGGACGGGACUGUUGGCACCUGGUGGAUCUCGAUGCUGAGAUGAAGCCGAUUGGACGAAGGCGCCAUGGUCCAAACUCUGCUUCUAUCGGUCAGAUGAAUACGGUCUCAGUCGGCGCAGAUAUGCAGACCCCAUCAGCUCUCGGUGCCCAGUUCUUAUCCAGCACUCAGGCCAAGGUCCCAGGCAGGAAGAGAGGAAGACCCCCCAUUCGGAAGCUGGACUUUGAAAGCUGCUACCCGGAGCCACUGACCCCAAUCAAGAUCCCCAAGAAGAGAGGCAGAAAACCCGGCUUUAAGCUGAAGCCCCGGAUGCUGCUGUCCCCUCUGGCCAACUCUCCUCCUAACAGCACCCCUGAGCCAGAGAUGGGCUCCCUCCCUCUGGACGCCGCGCUGGUGCCGCACUCAGCCUCCGCACAGGUCCUCACAGCAGAGACCACCACUCCAGACCUGUAUCUCUGCGACUCAGCCUUCAGCGCCAUAUCUCCUCCGUACAACCACAAACGAGCCUUUGGUUACCGAAGCAACAGCUGCCCCACUCCUGCCCCGGUGUGCAGGCCGCCUUCAAGUCCACGGCGCUACCAUGAGCGCAACAGGACCGCGUACAGCUCGGGGCUCGAGGCCGGCGGCGAGAGCAAGCGUCCGUCAGAUAAGGAUCCGUCGAGCUGGGGCGUGGAGGAGGUGGUCUGCUUCAUCCAGGACGCCGAUCCACAAGCGCUGGGCCCUCACGCAGACACCUUCAGGAAGCACGAAAUCGAUGGAGACGCUCUGCUGCUGCUGAAGAGUGAAAUGAUGAUGAAGUAUCUUGGACUGAAGCUGGGGCCGGCUCUCAAGCUCUGCUACCACAUUGAUAAACUGAAACAGAACCGCUCCUGA